AUGGCCUCUCAGUCAACCGCACCAAACCGCGCCUCGCCACCCAGCGAGGAGCAGGCAACUGCUACAGCCCCGGCUACAGCCAGCGCUAUAGCCCCCCUUACAGCCCGAGCAACAGCAACAGCCGCUGGCAACCCCAUGGCCUUCACCCCCGUGAACCGCCCAUCCACCCCCCCAUCCCAAAUCCGGCCCAGCAACCCACCCACCCCCGCCGCCCCGGCCCGUCCCCGGUACAGACUCCCCCGAACCCUCCCGGGCCAGCCUUACCCAGCCCCCUUAACCCUCACCCAGAUGCUCCCGCCAGCCCUCACCCAGACCCUCUCCCACCCCGUUAGCCCCCAAGCCCCCGGAACCCCAGCAACCCCUGAAACCCCAUCAUCAUCUUCACCACCCACCCGCCGCGCGCGAAGACACCGACCCCCCCUCCCUUCCGCAUCCCCGGCCCCCACACCCCCAUCUAGACCCCCACGCACCCCACAAACCCCACGCACCCCCAAAAAACAACCCCCAGCCUCUGCCCCCGAGAUCCUCACCCUCUCGCGCGAAAUCCACACCCUGCCCGCCAAAUGCCCCUCGGGCAAGGGCUACGACGCCGGCAGCCCGAUCCGCUGCGUUCACAAGGAGCCCGGGCGGUACGUCUGCAUGUCGCCGCUGGGGUGGGCGCGCCCGCACUGCCAGCGGGUGUUUCCGUCGCUGUGCCACCUCCGGCGGCAUCAUCGGGUGAUCCACGGGCCCAAGACGCAGACCUGCGGGCGGUGCGGGCGGCAUUUCUACGGGAAGCUUUCCUGGGAUUUGCAUCUUUUCCGGGUGCAUGGGCUUCCUUUGGGGGGGCCGGGGAUUGAGGAUCUAGAAGAGGGUGGGAAGGGGGUUAAGGUCGAGGUUGAGGAGCCGGUGAUCAAGGUGGAGGAUGUGGAGGAAGAGGGGAUGGGGGUGAGGAUGGUGGUUGAGGAACCUGAAUUGGAGGUUAAAGUGGAGGUGGUGGAGGAGAAGGAGGAGAUUGGCCUUGAGGGUGUGCAGAAAGAGGAAGAGGGGGUGGACACUCAUGGGGUCCAGCAGGUCCAAAUGGAGGAGGAUGUUGGAAUGGAGGAUGAAGAGAUGGAGCUCGAGGAGGGAGAGAUCCUGGAGGAUGAGCUCGAAGAGGGCGAGAUCCGCGAAGAGGUGGAUCUUGAAGAAGAUGGGGCUGUGUUCGAGGCGGAGCAUGACGCGGUCCCGACCCCGAGGUCUUACCACCCGAUCUACGGAUUCUAUCGCCCGACGUUCAGUGAGGAGACGCUUGACAAGGCCGAGGGUAAAGAGAUCCAGCCGGUUUGGCCUUAG